AUGUCGGCCAUCAGCAAACUGACAGCUCGUGACCAAGAACUACUCCCACUGGCUUGGCUAUGUCUUCAAGGUGAAGUCAAGAUCGAUUUCCAGAAACUGGCCCGAGAGGGAGGCUUUACCAACGUGGGCUCGGCCUCCAACGCAUGGGCACGCAUCGCCAAGAAGCUCGCGAUUCCCCGGGGAGGCAGCAAGUCGGAUAAGAGAGCCAAGUAUGAGGCCAUGUCGACCAUCACGUCGCCGAAGAGGAAGAGGGGGGAGGAGGUGGAGGAGGUGAAGAAAGAGAAGUUCAAGGUGAGGAAGGAAGAGAUGGUGGUGGUGGAGGAGAUGAAGAUGAGGAAAGAGGAGGAGGUGGUGGUGGAGGAGAUGAAGGUGAAGGAGGAGGAGGGGGAGGAGGAGGAGGAGGGCCCGGUGAAGAAGAGGGCGCGGGUCAGGCCGAGGAUCAAGAAAGAGGCCAUCGACGGAUCACGUGAGGAAGAGGAAGAUACAUAUCGAUUAUCAUCUAUCUGGUGA